UUGUGGUAGGAAGGGAGGUCCGCUCCGCCGGGCGCGCCGCCCCAGUGCUCUGUGGGAUACUGGAAGUCUCGAGCGUCUCCUCCCGGUUCCCAGCCCUCCUCUGGCCCGCACUCAUAGAAACAGACACACACCCCCUGCCUGCCCGCUCCUCGCUCUCCGCCUCCCCCUUCCCCCCCCUCGCGAUAAGAAGACCCGGCGGCAGGAGAGGGGAUGAAGAUGGCGGACGCGAAGCAGAAGCGGAACGAGCAGCUGAAGCGCUGGAUCGGCUCCGAGACGGACCUCGAGCCUCCCGUGGUGAAGCGUCAGAAGACCAAGGUGAAGUUCGACGAUGGCGCCGUCUUUCUGGCUGCCUGCUCCAGCGGCGACACGGAUGAGGUCCUCAAGCUGCUGCACCGCGGCGCCGACAUCAAUUACGCCAAUGUGGACGGACUCACUGCCCUGCACCAGGCUUGCAUUGAUGACAAUGUUGAUAUGGUGAAGUUUCUAGUAGAAAAUGGAGCAAAUAUUAAUCAACCUGAUAAUGAAGGCUGGAUACCACUACAUGCAGCUGCUUCCUGUGGAUAUCUUGAUAUUGCAGAGUUUUUGAUUGGUCAGGGAGCACAUGUAGGGGCUGUCAACAGUGAAGGAGAUACACCUUUAGAUAUUGCUGAGGAGGAAGCAAUGGAAGAGCUACUUCAAAAUGAAGUUAAUCGCCAAGGGGUUGAUAUAGAAGCAGCUCGAAAGGAAGAAGAACGAAUAAUGCUUAGAGAUGCAAGACAGUGGCUAAAUAGUGGCCAUAUAAAUGACGUCCGGCACGCAAAAUCCGGAGGCACAGCCCUUCACGUUGCAGCAGCUAAGGGCUAUACAGAGGUUUUAAAACUUUUAAUACAGGCAGGCUAUGAUGUUAAUAUUAAAGAUUAUGAUGGAUGGACACCUCUUCAUGCUGCAGCUCAUUGGGGUAAAGAAGAAGCAUGUCGAAUUUUAGUGGAUAAUCUGUGUGAUAUGGAGAUGGUCAACAAAGUGGGCCAGACUGCCUUUGAUGUAGCUGAUGAAGACAUUCUAGGAUAUUUAGAAGAGUUACAAAAGAAACAAAAUCUGCUCCACAGUGAAAAACGGGAUAAGAAAUCUCCACUAAUUGAGUCAACAGCAAAUAUGGACAAUAAUCAGUCACAGAAGACCUAUAAAAACAAAGAGACAUUGAUUAUCGAACCAGAGAAAAAUGCAUCCCGUAUUGAAUCUCUGGAACAAGAAAAGGUUGAUGAGGAAGAAGAAGGGAAGAAAGAUGAAUCUAGCUGCUCAAGUGAAGAAGACGAUGAAGAUGACUCAGAAUCAGAAGCUGAAACAGAUAAGACAAAACCCAUGACUUCUGUAACUAAUGCCAACACUUCUAGUACACAAGCAGCUCCUAUAGCUGUUACAGCACCUACUGUUUCAUCGGGUCAGACAACACCUACAUCACCUAUUAAAAAGUUUCCAACCUCAGCUACAAAAAUUUCUCCCAAAGAAGAAGAGAGAAAAGAUGAAUCUCCUGCAUCUUGGAGGUCAGGACUUAGAAAGACUGGCAGUUAUGGUGCACUUGCUGAAAUCACAGCAUCUAAAGAGGCUCAGAAAGAAAAAGACACUGCAGGUGUUAUGCGUUCAGCCUCAAGUCCCAGACUUUCCUCCUCAUUGGAUAAUAAAGAAAAGGAGAAAGAUAGUAAAGGAACUAGGCUUGCAUAUGUUACACCCACAAUACCAAGAAGACUAGCCAGUACAUCUGACAUCGAAGAGAAAGAAAACAGAGAUACUUCAAGUUUGCGAACAAGUAAUUCUUACACUAGACGGAAAUGGGAAGAUGAUCUUAAAAAAAAUAGCUCAAUUAAUGAAGGAUCAACUUAUCAUAAAAGUUGCUCCUUUGGUAGAAGACAAGAUGAUCUGAUUAGUUCUAGUGUUCCAAGCACCACAUCAACACCAACAGUUACCUCUGCAGCUGGGCUUCAGAAAAGCCUGCUUUCCAGCACAAGCACUACUACAAAGAUUACAACGGGUUCUUCCUCAGCAGGCACACAAAGCAGUACCUCAAAUCGUUUGUGGGCUGAGGAUAGUACUGAAAAAGAAAAGGACAGUGUUCCUACGGCAGUGACCAUUCCUGUUGCUCCAACUGUUGUAAAUGCUGCAGCUUCUACCACAACCCUGACUACAACUACUGCUGGCACUGUCUCCUCUACAUCAGAGGUCAGGGAGAGACGCAGAUCAUACCUCACUCCUGUUAGGGAUGAAGAGUCUGAAUCCCAAAGAAAAGCAAGAUCUAGACAAGCAAGACAGUCUAGAAGAUCCACACAGGGGGUGACAUUAACUGAUCUUCAGGAAGCCGAAAAAACAAUAGGAAGAAGUCGUUCUACCCGAACUAGAGAACAAGAAAAUGAAGAAAAAGAAAAGGAGGAAAAAGAAAAACAGGAUAAAGAGAAACAAGAAGAAAAGAAGGAAUCAGAAACAUCUAAAGAGGAUGAAUAUAAACAAAAGUAUUCAAGAACAUAUGAUGAGACUUACCAGCGUUACAGACCAGUAUCAACUUCAAGUUCAACCACUCCAUCUUCUUCCCUUUCUUCUAUGAGCAGUUCACUCUAUGCUUCAAGUCAACUAAACAGGCCAAAUAGUCUUGUAGGUAUAACUUCUGCUUACUCCAGGGGAUUGACCAAAGAAAAUGAAAGAGAGGGAGAAAAAAGAGAAGAGGAAAAGGAAGGAGAAGAUAAAUCACAUAAGUCAAUCAGAGAACGACGGCGACCGAGAGAGAAAAGAAGAUCGACAGGAGUAUCAUUUUGGACACAAGAUAGUGAUGAAAAUGAGCAAGAACAACAAUCAGAUACAGAAGAAGGAUCCAAUAAGAAAGAAACUCAGACGGAUUCCAUUUCCAGGUAUGAAACCAGUUCCACAUCAGCUAGUGAUCGGUAUGAUUCCUUGUUGGGUCGCUCUGGAUCAUACAGCUACUUAGAAGAAAGAAAACCUUACAGUAGCAGGCUAGAAAAGGAUGACUCAACUGACUUUAAAAAGCUUUAUGAACAAAUUCUAGCUGAAAAUGAAAAACUGAAGGCACAGCUACAUGAUACAAAUAUGGAACUAACAGAUCUUAAAUUGCAGUUGGAAAAGGCCACCCAGAGACAAGAAAGAUUUGCAGAUAGGUCACUGUUGGAAAUGGAAAAAAGGGUGACCGGCAAGAGUCAGUAUCUCCUGGGCGGAACGAAGAGCUCUAGAAAGAAGAAUAUCUGAAAUGGAAGAAGAGCUCAAAAUGUUACCAGACCUAAAAGCAGACAACCAGAGGCUAAAGGAUGAAAAUGGGGCUUUGAUCCGAGUUAUAAGCAAACUUUCCAAAUAAUAAUUAAAAAAAAAAACAAGGCAGCAAGUAAUGGAAUUGCACAUGUUAGUAACCCAGUGGACCAUAAUUGGCAGUCACUGGAAGCCAGAGAAGACUCCUUGGAGACUGUCAUAUUCAGAUAUCCUGCCAAAUGCCCUCUUAUCUAGGAUUUUUGUUUCGUUCAGUUUUCUGGGUUGGUUUUUUUGUUUGUUUUAUUUUUAAAUCAAGACCAUUGUUUCAUGUUAAUGCAGCUGCUGAGAAGAUGUGGGGUUUUUUUGUUUUUGUUUUUCUUUUUUUUUUUUUUUUUUGUUUAAAUGACUGCGAAAACUUGUUUACAGCUCCAGCAUAUAAGGAAAGUGUUCAAGGCCAGAUAUGCCUCAGAUAUUUAACCAGUAAGCCUUAGUUGUACAUAAAUACUUUGUGUCAACAAAAACUUUCAGCUCUCACAGAAGACAGUUAUUCAACAUUUUUUGAUGUGCCACAGUUUCCAGUUUUUCAAUAUUUAAUUUUUUUUUUUUUUUUUUGCUUUACAUCUAAGUUUGGGUUUGUAUUUUUUUCUUCUCUCUCUUCAUGUGGCAGAGUCUUCUAUGUUUUCACAGCUAUUUCAUUUACAGAAAAAAACACUUGCUCUUCUGAAACUUUUGUCAUGUAUUAGACUAAUAAUGUAUUGUCUCCCACCUGGAACUGAAUUGCUUGGUGGAACAUUUGCUUUCACUGUUUGUGCAAUACGCAUUUGUUUCUUAUAUGAAUGCUUUAAAGUCCAUUGAGAUUAGAUCCUUUAAGUCCUAUUUUCUGCCUUCAUUGGUCACUUUUUCGUUGUUUUUGUUUUUUAUUGUUGUAGUGUAAGAUGUUAGGUUCUGUAUCUUCACAUUCAUUUUAGCAGGUACUGAGUGAUGCUGUAUAUAUAAAUAAGUGUAUUGUUUUGAUUUUUAGAACACCACAUGGCAUGCUUGACUAUUUUCUUAUUUCAAAUGUCUGUUAAUGCAAAGUAGGCUACUCCACGAUAGUGUUAAAAACAAACUUUGCUAACAAUGUGAUGUAAAGACUUUAAAAGUUACACAUUCUGUGGAGCCCUAUCUUUACAAAAGUUUUCUACUGUAAAGUGCUUUUACUUUUAUUUUGUUUUCAUUUGAUAGUGUUCAACCAUAAUUAAAGUUGCAUAAGAUAAUUGCUUCACAUUUCACAUACCUAUAUUUAUCUGAGUGCUGUCUAAAACUGUUGUGCUAGCCAAAGUAAUGCUAUGAAAUCAUUUGCAGACUUAACCCGUGAGUUAAUGUUAAAUGCACUGUUAUUGCCAUGUGAAGAGGCACCGACUUUGAUACCACCAUCAUGUUCAGACCAUUUUAUACAUUUCAGUGGCCUUUUUUUACAAAAAAAAAAAAAAAGAGAAAAAAAGCAAAACCAAGUACAUAGUGAAAAUGGCUUUUAUUUGGACAAAUAGCUUUUAUAUUUUCAUUAAACCAUGCAAAAAAUAUUACAUCAUUCUGGCACAUAACUGUCUCCUUAACCACUGAACAGUUCAGCCAUUUGAAUAAAUUGUAAAGCUUAUAGUAGCUGAUUGUAUUAUUGAUUGUAUUGUAUACUAUAUUAAAUGUGAAUUUGUACCCCUUCAUUUUAAAAGGUCAUUGUGUUCUACUGCCUAUUUUAGAUUACUUUGGGGUUGGGGAAUGGUGUUUUGGUAAGCAGGAUUUUAAGUCCUCUCUUGAUUGGUUUUAUGAAGAUAUAAGGUUAUGCUCUUACUACCAAGCUCAGGAUUCUUGAUUUAAAGGUACAAGGAUAGAUGUGGGAAUUAUAUUUUUGGUUAUAUUUGAGCUGUAUGAAUGGUGGGUCUGAAUAUAGAGAAUUUCCAUGGUCUUAUGUGGAGGUAAAAUAUGCAGAUAGUUGGACAGUUUGAGGGACUGCAACGUGUCCUGGUUGCGCAACAGUUAGGCAUGCUAUGGUUUCUAUUUGUGAUGUUUGGAUGCCUGUGAAGGAUGAUUAAAUACAUGUUUCUAAUAUUUUAGUGUUUUGUAUUUAGGUUAUUUAUUCUUUGUAUCUAAAACUGAACAGCUACUGUGCUAUAUUGAUUUUAUUGGUAGUAUUGAGCAGACCUUGUUUCUGCAUGAAACUAGUUGCAAAACCCACUAUUUUGGAAAUAAAAAUGUAUUUUGACAUAUACAAAUAAAAUGAAUAAAACUA